GCGUGAUCUAAAGUACAUCUUGUGGUAAAUCAGCUGUCCAAAUACAUCAGUAAACCGAUUUCUUUUCUACCUAUCUUUAUUUGAAACUCAGGCAACAAUUUAAGUCUCCUCUUUCUUAUGCUUACAUGGGUGAGUUCAAUUCGUUUUAUCACAAUCUUUGCAAUCAUAUUAUUUUACAGGGUGCAAACAGCCAUGGACAGCUGGGUACAGGAGAUGAUAAAGAUGCUUAUGAACCUAAAAUCAUUAAUUUCACUGAUCCGAUCGCCCUGAUCUCCGGAGGUGGUGGUCACUCUCUGAUUUCUGACGAAAACAAUAUAUUCAGCUGUGGUUUGAAUUCUGUUGGUCAGCUGGGUCGUUCAAAUGACUGCAACCACUUUAAAAUUAUUCCUUACUCUUUUGCAUCAACUGUUAAUAAAGUAUCAUGUGGCUGGGAUUUUUCUGUUGCAGUACUAAGUGAUGGAUCUGUUUUCUCAUGGGGCUCAAAUGAAUAUGGACAGUUGGGCAAAGAAAGUAUUAAUUCAAGCAUAAUUCCUGUUCGUGUUGAUAUAGAGCCUGUUCGAUCUAUAUCUGCAGGUCUAAGGCAUGUCGUUUCUGUGACAGUCUCCGGAAAACUGUAUGGUUGGGGUUCUAAUCGCCGAAAACAAUUAUUGUUUGAUAAAAUGAUGAUUAAAGCUGAGCAUUAUGACGAAUCGAAACAAAUAUGUUACCGUCCCACUCUGUUGAACUCUGUAUUUGGCGAUACGCACGAGUGGGUCGAUUGUGCCGCUGGUGCGCAUCAUUCAAUUGCGAAAACAAGAACAAAUAAACUGGCUCUUUUUGGAGAUACUAGAUUUUUUAAACUCAAAUCAGAAGUUCACGGUCUUUCUUCGAAUAUCGAAAGUGGACUUUCAUCUCCUAUCUGGUAUGAUGCCGAAUUAUUCGAUAACAAUGAAAUAGAACAAGUGGUCUGUGGAUGGAGUCAUGUUCUCGUUAGAACUAGUGUUGGAGAAGUUUAUUCGUGGGGUCGAUCAGACUUUGGACAGCUUGGACGAACUGUUAACGUAUUAAGCAAGUUUAUAGGAAAAUCUAAUGAGAUUUUCCCGAACUUCGAUGUACAUCCUGGAAAAGUACAUUUUCAUUUGAAUACUGGUCAUGAAGUGACUAUAAAAUCUGUUGCUUGUGGUUCAGAGCACUCAUUGGCUAUAGAUUCAAAUGAACAGUUAUGGGUUUGGGGGUGGAAUGAGCAUGGUAUGUGCGGUGUUAUAACGAAAAUUGCGAGUCACAUAGAAAAACAUUGGACUGAAGAAGAAGUUAUUCCUUACAUCACACAACCAUAUCGAAUAAAUUUCCGAUGUUUUAAUCAAAAUUACAAAGUGAAACAUAUCGGUUGUGGAUACGGUCAUUCAUUGGCGUAUGUAGAAUUUGGUUCGCAAACGUUGUAGAAAUCAUAUUGGAUUUUUGUUUGUAAUAAAAUAUGAUGAGUUUUUCUCGUAUUCACAAUGAGUGUACUAACGCAUAUGAAAAGUAUGUGCUAACGGUUGAUAGCCUAGACAAUAUUCUCACCUAUAUCAAAUCUCGAUUAGUCAAGUCACUUGGAAGAUUAACCCAGUACCUUAUAUUAUUCUGUACUACCAAGGCUUAUGAGCUUAAUUCUUCGUGUGCAAGAUACGAGACCAUGACAUCAUAAAUGACAAGUAUCAUUAUCUACAUAACUAGGACUCGGGACAUAGAAAGAAGUAAAUCGUUUAUGGCCAUCUAGUUUGCUAUACCUUAUGGACUGUAAAAGAUAACGCAAAGGUUAUUGAGUUGAAUAAAAA